AUAGUUCUGAAGGGGGUAACCUUAAAGAUGGGGAGUCUGCAUGAACAUUAAUGUAGUUUGUUAUCUGAACUGCGUAGACAGCAGCAAAGGUAAGCAGAAAGCCAAAAACCAGGUGGUCACAUAGAGACGAAGAAAUGAGGAGCAUGAAAGGAGAGGUGUCAUUGAACCUGCCCGCCGAGAAAGCAUGGCAGAUGUACAGAGACAACGAGGUUAUCAGUAAAAUCAAUCCUGAGCUGCUUUCUCGAGCUGAAUAUGUUCAAGGAGAUGGUGGCCCUGGAACUCUCAGGCUCUUCAAGCUUGGCCCUGCCUUGAGAAGCUACGUGGGGGAGUCGGUGGAGAAGAUAGAGAAGGUGGAGACAGGUCGAUCAGUGAGCUACGACGUGGUGGGAGGAGAGCUAAUGAAGAUGUAUAAUCCGUACAAAGUGACCUUCACAUUCACUCCAGUGGAAGGAAAAGAGACGGAAAUGUGCACCGCUCAGUGGCAAGCUGAAUACGAGCCACUGUCUCCCACCAUCCCUCCACCGGACAAGGCUAGGGAUGCUGCCUUGCGGUUCCUCCAGUGCUUUGACAAGUUUGACCUCAGCUUCUAGAGCCCUCAACACAAUCCUUCCUCUAUAUUUCAGUGUAUGGAAUAAGUUUGGAAAGGGUAGAGCAGUCCAUGCUCUCUCUCUCUCUCUCUCUCUCUCUCUGUCUUGUGAAAAUCUAGUUGGGUCAUGUCAAUCUUGUGUGAGAAACUUCUCUAGUUCUGGAUUAGGUGCCAUCGCUGAAUUUAUGUAUGUGAUGUUAACGAAGUGCAAAGCCCAACGGGGAUGUCAAGAACAAUAUCGCAGUACUAUCUGGUUGGGUGACUUUUAGGCA